AUGACCCUGGAUGACAGUGUGAGAUUCAACUUCCCCAUCAACAUAACCAAUGCUUGUGGCAGCCUCUUCAGGACAACCAGUGCACCAGGCACAGGGAUAUUCUCAGACUUUUCCAACGUCCAGACGGCCAACAUCAGUGGUGUGGUCCGAUCACACAACUCCACUACACGGUCAGUCACUCACAACGCUGAGCUGAAUUAUUAUUACUCUUGCGCCUAUCCCCUAUAGUACCUGAUUAACAACAGAACCCAGAUGGAGGUAUCGUCAACCACAGCAAUGGAAGUUUCAUCAGCAUUUAAAACAUUUAGUUAUUUAGGGAUGCCAACUACACUUCACCCAUGGUCACCCAGAUAACCACCAUUCGUGAGAAUGGAGAGAGUCAUCAUUCCCGCUUCUCUUUCCAGGCCUUCUGCUUCAUCAAGCAGCAGAAUGAGAUGAAGUCCACCUACUUCCUCUGCUGCAUCACCCGUCUCUGUGAGAAGAGCAUCUGCAGUAUGUUCAUGCAAUGUAACAACAGGAGAAGGAGUACCCAAGACAUGGGGACAGAGCAUAAAACUAUCACCUCCCCUUUCCUUACCAUCAGAGCAGAGAUCAUUGUGCCAUCAAAAGACCAGUCAUCUAGCAGCAACAACUCUGGCUCCUCUACAGGUCUUGGGGUGGCAGUAGGCAUCCUUGCCUUUGCCUGUAUCAUUGCCGAUGCCAUAGCAGCCAUCUUCUAUAGAAGACUCAACCAUUGA